AUGAUUCUUGUGAUGAAUCGUAGCACUGGUGAACAUGAUACCGUGCGAGGACUUUUUGAUGAAACACAGCCUUCUGAAGACGAGAAAGCGGAAAAGGGCCCUCUCGAGAAGGAAUUCCUGCCUUCUGGAUUUCAGCCCAAAGAAUGGGAUGUCAUUUGUCACAACGGGAAAGAGCCAAAGUCUCACGUUGGCAAUCGGAGAUUCAAAGUCAUCGUCCAGAAUUAUCUAUCAUCCUAUGUAAAAGCAAAAUCAAGAAGCCUCAAAUCCGCUGUCAUUAGCGACAUUAUAUCAGUGAUACGAUCCAAGUCCACGCAUAAUGGAGGAUUUGUACGGUAUGACGACGUUGCGAAACGAUGGUAUGAAGUUGGCGAUAAAGUUGCUCGAGACAAAGUAGGGCAUUCGUUACGAGAAGCCAUGAGAGCAACGGAACCAUCGUCGCCAUCUGGCAGCAUGUCACCGUCGGAGGCGGUGGCAUACGUAACUGGCUCCUCAACAUCAUUGGAACCGUCUUCGUCGCCAAUUGCAGGAAGAUCACCUUCGUACUCAGAUAUCAUGUUGGAGCCAGAUCAAAUACAGAGCAGUGGCUCUCCCAAUCUGGAAUCCAUAAGUGGAGAAUCCCAUGGCAACAAGGAAGAAGAAACUCCAGUGGCAAUGAACCUUGCGGAUUGGUUUGAAGCUGACAGCCGCACGACCAUGGAUGAUUCAUAG